AUGGAGUUUGGGAGACUAUUAUUAACUGGGUUCUUGGUUUUAUGUGUUCUAGGUGUGAGUGGUAAGGAGCUGCAACGCUCAGCUCCUUGUAAGUUUCCAGCAAUCUACAACUUUGGUGACUCAAAUUCAGACACUGGAGGCAUAUCAGCAGCAUUUGAUCCCAUUAUAGCACCAUAUGGUGAUUCAUUCUUUCAUAGGCCUGCUGGAAGGGACUCUGAUGGUCGGGUACUCAUAGACUUCAUAGCUGAGCGCCUAAGAUUGCCAUACUUGAGUGCAUACUUGAAUUCACUCGGAACAAAUUACCGGCAUGGAGCAAAUUUUGCCACUGGAGGAUCAACUAUUAGAAGGCAAAAUGAAACCAUAUUUGAAAAUGGCAUUAGUCCUUUCUCUCUUGACAUCCAGAUUGUGCAAUUCCUGCAGUUCAAAGCACGCACUGCUGAUCUCUACAACCAAGCCAAGACAAGAAACAAUCUUCCCAGACCCCAGGACUUCUCCAAGGCUCUUUACACAUUUGAUAUUGGUCAGAAUGAUCUUUCUGCUGGUUUUCGAAAGAUGAGCUUCGACCAACUUCGUGCAGCAUUGCCAGACAUUGUCAAUCAGUUAGCCACAGCAGUCCAACGCAUAUAUCAACAAGGGGGGAGGACAUUCUGGAUACACAACACAGGGCCUAUUGGAUGCUUGCCUUUGAAUUUUUUUUACAAUCAUAAUCCACCGCCUGGCUAUCUGGACCAGCAAGGCUGUGUCAAGGGUCAAAAUGACAUGGCUGUAGGGUUCAACAAGCAGCUCAAGGACAGGGUGAUCAAACUAAGGGCAGAGCUCCCAGAAGCAGCAAUAACAUAUGUGGAUCUAUAUGCUGCAAAAUAUGGACUAAUCAGCAAUGCAAAGAAUGAAGGAUUUGCCGAUCCCCUGAAGGUCUGCUGUGGGUAUCAUGUGAAUUACGAUCAUGUAUGGUGUGGAUCAAAAGCAAUUGUAAAUGGAAGUGAGGUGUAUGGUGCUUCUUGUGCUAAUCCUUCACAGUAUGUUAGCUGGGAUGGUGUGCACUACUCUCAGGCUGCUAAUCAGUGGUUUGCUAAUCACAUACUCAAUGGUUCACUCUCAGACCCACCAAUUCCAAUUAUCCAAGCAUGUCAAAGGCGUUAGUGUGAUCACAACCAUAUGUCAAACAUCAUAAAUUAGUACUAGUAAUUGCAGGCGUGGGACAGUUACAAUUUUUUGUGUGGUGUUGAUGUUAUUUUUUUGUUCAGUAAAAAGUUUGGUACCUCUUCCAACUACACAAUAGAGUCACCAACAUAAAGAGCUUGCUUCAUGCGGCCUUAUGUUGUCAUAUUAACUAU